CCCUCGCGGCCUGUUCUGUCAGUCACCGCCUGCUGCGCAGUUCUAGCCGAAGCCGAACGGGACGCGUCCUCUCCCCGGUGCGCAGGCGGGAGAGGCCUGAGUUGAACACGUAAACAUCGGGCGUGGAACGCAUGAUUUUAAAGGACUGGGUGUUGCAAAUGGAAGCGGAUGGUUUUGUGCGAAGGCGGCGGAUGACAGCGGACACAUCGGGCGGCGAUGCCGCGGUGGCCGGGGCUUCCGCGGGCGCGGAGAUACACUGGCUUGGCGGCAGAUUCUGGGGUGUUUCCAAAAGUCUAGUCGGCACUUUGACACCUCGUAUAGCGGGAGAAACGGAGCUUCAUGUUGGACAUUUCUAUGGCUCCCAGGAGGCCAAUGAUUCCUCGGAACCGGACUAUGAGGGUUUGCCCCAGGGAGCCUCCACCAGCACGCACAUGUUGGCAGGGGCAGUGGCAGGAAUCAUGGAGCAUUGCCUGAUGUUCCCUAUUGAUUGUGUCAAGACGCGCAUGCAGAGCCUUCAGCCAGAGCCAGCUGCCCGCUACCGUAACGUGAUGGACGCUUUGUGGCAAAUCGUGAGGACGGAGGGAAUCUGGAGGCCAAUCAGGGGUCUGAAUGUUACAGCUGUAGGGGCGGGGCCAGCCCACGCACUAUACUUCGCCUGUUACGAAAGGUUGAAAAAGGUCCUCAGUGAUAUCAUCCAUCCGGGAGCGAACAGUCAUUUGGCGAACGGGGCUGCUGGAUGUGUUGCCACAUUGCUUCAUGAUGCUGCAAUGAAUCCAGCUGAAGUGGUGAAGCAGAGGAUGCAGAUGUUUAACUCGCCAUACCGUGGCGUUCUGGACUGUAUGCGCUGCGUGUGGCAGCAGGAGGGGGCGUUGGCGUUUUAUCGCAGCUACACCACGCAGCUCACCAUGAACAUCCCAUUCCAAGCAUUGCACUUCAUGACCUACGAAUAUCUGCAAGAGCUGCUGAACCCCCAAAGACAUUACAACCCCUCCUCCCACAUGGUGUCGGGCGCGCUGGCGGGUGCCAUUGCCGCCGCCGCCACCACGCCACUGGACGUUUGCAAGACGCUGCUGAACACGCAAGAGUCUCUGGCGCUCGAUUCCGUCAGUCAGAGCGGAAGACACAUCACCGGCCUCGGCCAUGCCUUCCGGACUGUCUACAGGCUUGGCGGCCUUCCCGCUUACUUCAAAGGCGUUCAGGCCAGGGUCAUAUACCAGAUGCCCUCGACAGCCAUCAGCUGGUCCGUCUACGAGUUCUUCAAGAAUGUUAUCACCAAACACCAGCACGAGAAGCGCAGGAUCCAGAGGGACGGAGAGAAGUAAGCGCGCACAGCUGGCCUGACCUUGGCUUUCUCUGGCAUAACCAACCAGAUAAACACUCGAGCUGCAAAAGGACUGAUUUAAUAAAUGACACGCACAUAUAGAGUCCAAACACUCAUGUCUGUUUACUUCCAUUCAGUUGGCAUUUAAUAGUGAAACUUUCCUGUAUGAUUCAACUAUUAAUCAUGACCCAAGUUCUCACUGUGAAGGCUCAAGUUUUUGUUCACUACUUUGCACUUAACCCAAAUUACACCUUCCACAAGGGGGCGUCAAAUACCUCUUUAGACGUUUUAUGCUAAUUAGUGGGUGAUCCUUCACGUUUGUGGGUGGGGUUUAGAGCCUCUAGACUUCUCCAAUUCCUAAACAGUACCUAGAACAGCAAACCUGAACCCUAAUUUUUGUUUUGUUUUUAUAUUUUCCCAACCAAAACCAAUACGCACAAGUGAAGACAUAUCUGUACAUUCAAAUUGGGAUUUUAAACAUCAUUAAAAUCAUUGUUUAUGGCAGAAUGUAGACCUGUACAGUAAUUUAUUGCCUCCACUGGCUGAAUAGCGCUCAGAGAUAAUGAAAGAUAUCUAUGUUAGAGGUAUUUUUGUAGUAUUUGUGGGAAAUGUUCCUGCAGUUGACCCAAAGUUCUGAGCUGGUUGCCCCUUUCAUAACUUCUAGAAAAAUUGUUUUGAGGUCUUUAGGGGACACUGUAUAUAGAUCUGUAACAGCUAUAGGAAGACACACAGUCCUUCAGGCCAACAUUAGUAUUAUCCAGUCAACAAUGCCUUAGACCUGCAGAUCACAUGACCUGAGUGUCAUUUAAAAUUUAGAUUCUGAUUUAAUCUGUUGAGGUCCUUUUGAGUAAUUCAGUGAAUAUAGAGUUGGUCAUUUGGAAUUAUUUCUAGAUUGACACUGCAAUGUACUUUGGUUUGCUCUGAACAGAAUUUGAGCUCUAGUGUUUGAGAGUUUCAGCUGAAACACCUGGCAGUUGAACAUAUGAAGAGUUUCAUUGAUGGAAAUUUGAUGGGCCGUUCCUCAGCUUUCAAUAAAUUAGCAGUGCAGGGAUUUCCCUGGCUUGCAAUGGCUGAUG